AUGUCUGAUCUGUCUCUGUUGCGGAAAAAAAUUGAAAAUGAGAAGAAACGAUUUGUUGAAACAAAAGCAUACAAAGCAGCAAAAGAAAAACUUUUAAAGAAUAAUCUAGUCAUCUUGAAGGGAAAUGCUGGUGAAGGUAAGACAACUAUGGCAAAAAUGCUUUUAUUCGACAUGGAAAAUAGUGAAAGAGUAUGGAACGUGAGCUCAUACAACGACUGGAGUGGCAUUGACCUUAAAGAUCAUGAUGUGAUUAUAAUUGAUGAUAUAUUUGGAGCCUGUGUAAUUGAUUUAGAUAAAUGUAACAACUGGAGAAACACGUUUUCCGAAAUAUCAUCUAUGGUAGGAAAAAAGAAAAUUAAAGUCAUUAUCACAUGUCGCAGUCACAUAAUGAAUGAAGCAAUAGAUAAGGCUUUUCAUCCUGUGCUUGCGGAAAGAAAGAAUGUGCAAACCCUCGAACUGGACAAAAAGGAAAUGGAACAAAUUCUUCGAAAGCACUUAGAAGCAACGGGAAAAGAAAAUGAAGUUGACAUUAAUGAAUGCUUGAUACAAGCCAAUUUGAAACAAUCUGAACGUAUUUUGCCUAUUGGUUUUCCUGAGAUAAUAGCAGAUGUUGUCGGCAUUGUAUCGUUUGAAAUAAAUUCGACGGCAGUUUUUGAAUGCUGCGAUUUCGAAUUCGCUAUGAAGUAUAUAACAAUUGAAAGGCAAGCCAUUGAGAACGUAUGCGUUGUUGAACAAUACCAAUUCGAUCAGCUCAGUCUACGCUUGACUGAAUUCAUGAACUUAGAAAACGGAAGAAUUGAUGGUCCCCCUCUCGAUCACAAUGCCUUUACAAAUUCAGAGUUUUGUACAACAUUUAUAAAUGAGUCGAUGGCGAAUAACGAUAUUCUUUCAGCAUCAGUAGUCGUAGAAGAUGGAACAACACCUAAAGAUAUAUUUUUAGAAAACGGUGUAAAUGUUGAUUUAACUGAAUUUCGAAUGGCAUCGUACAGCAUUUGGAAAAAAGAAGGUAGAAGUGCUCUAGCUAAUGAAUGGUUUCGUGCUUUUGCGGGUGCUGAUCAAUAUAACGCGAAUACCAUGGACUGCACCGAAGACAUUUUUGGACAGAAUAAGAGAGCAUCAAGGCGAAUUGUAUUAGAUACAAAUGACCGAAACCACGAGUCUGAAUUAACUGCCGGUUUCGAUGCGUGUGAAAAUGUUGAACAUGCUCCAGACGAAGACAGUAUCAAAACAGAGCUAUAUUUAGCCGUGAUGUUUGCAAUAAAAUUUGGCAACAUCAGUCUGUUAAAGGCCCUUUUUAUGUACGGUGCCAAAGUUGCAGAUGACAUGAUUACUCUUGCCUGGUUGCAAAUAAGUAAACCCAAUACACGAGUAUCAAAUGGCAUUCUGCAACACUUAUGCACUGAGUGUGAACACGGAAAUUUCGAAGAACCAGGUACUAGUUUAACAAGGUUGAACGAGCAGUUAAAAUCCCUUAUAAAAAGUGGAUCUGAGUUUGAAGUAGUUACGCUGUUAAAGUGUAACAUCAGAUAUGGGUAUCUGGUUGAAAAUGAUCAAUAUACGGCUUUGCAUUUUGCAUGCAAACUAGGAAAAACUGAAAUUGUGCUGAGCAUUCUAAGACAGUUUGCAAAGCUCGAUACUGCAGACAAAAAGGGAUAUUUCCCAAUACAUUACGCCACUCGCAAUGGGCACAUUGAAACUGUGAAGGCUAUAUUAAACAAUGACAUACAACAAGCGGAUAGAACUUUAGAUGCCGAUACAAAAUGGCUCAAUGGGGCUACGUUGCUCCAUAUUGCCGUCGAUAAGGAACAUAUAGAAAUGAUCAAGUAUUUGACAGAUAAAAGAAAAUUUUCGGUGGACAAUUUAGAAAGAACCCCGUUAAUGUUUGCUUUGAAACAUAAAAAGUUCAAAAGCAUACAUUGUCUCCUAGAAUGUGAAAACAUCGAUAAGAAAACACCGGAUAAAGAUGGUUAUCAUCCAUUACAUAUUGCGAUCAUGCAGUCAAAAGCCUUUGAAGAAGACGAGUACAAGGGCCAAAACGUGGACAGUGUAGAGCCUCAUUUACAUUCUUCAGUAAACUUCUUCAACAGCAACCGAACCACGUCACUUCAUAAACACUGCAGUGUCUGCUGGCUAGAAAUAGUUGAUAAACUUCUACAAAAUGACAAUGUCGAAUUAGAUGAUGUAAACGCGUCAGGUGUGACGCCUUUGCAACUCGCUUCUGCGAACAGGCAAGAUAGCAUUGUAAUACUCCUACAAAAUGAAAUUUGUUUCAGAUACUAUACAAGACAUUGGCAGAAAGAAUAA